GCACAACAUCGAAACACUUCCACCGUGGAACGUCCAUUCGCUUUUAUCCAGAAGGAAAAAUCAUCGUAUUUUCAGAUUUAGGUUGUCCUUUGACCUGUCCCGUGUAGCUACAGUGAUGGUCUGCAUUCCCUGCAUCGUCAUUCCAGUCCUCUUGUGGGUGUACAAGAGGUUCCUUGAACCAAUCAUCUACCCCUUCAUUGGCCCAAUUAUAAGCCGAUUUUGGCCAACAAGGAAUGCCGUCCAGGAGAGGGGCAUAGGAACUGGUGACGUGAAAGCCAGUGACAAGAGCAAUGGAUGUCCAGUGAUGAGCAAUGGAGCAUGCAAGACGGAAGUCAAUGGUGUUGCUGCAAAUGGGCCGGCUGCAAAUGGGCCGGCUGCAAAUGGGCCGGCUUCUACAGUAUCUGACAAGAAGACUGACUAACAUUUAACCAGUUUUUCAACUGUGAAAAUAUUUGAAUACAAUAUGGAGAACUUAACUUUAUCGUUCUUAUUUUGUGAAAUUGACUAGUGUGGGAUCUUUUAAUGCUGGUCUGGAUUUAACAUAGCAACACAUAUUGUACAUUUUCCGUAAUGCUCAUUUCAAUUGUUUUGAGGAAUAGAAUAUAUGUAGAAAAUAUUUCUGCCUUUGUUUUAUCAUGCUUGAUUCCCUGAUGUAUUUAUUAUAACAGAUAAAAUACCUAGUUCUUUAUAGUAUUAAAUACAUAUUUUAUUUUCUAAUUCCGAAAUUAAUUAUUAGCAAUGAUUAAAAAGGACAUUUAAACACAUUCCGACCUUGUGAUUUUUAAGCAAUCCCUUUUUCCCCCUUUUAUGUGCAAUGUAUAAAUAAACCUAUGGAUUACUAUCAUUG